AUGAACUUUAGGAGGAAUCCUCACCUCGACAUGUAGGAUCUCCACCGCCACCCCCAGGGUGUGGAACAUGGAGAAUCUUCAGUACCACUUACGCCAAGCGCUAAAAUGCCAUGCCCCGGACCGCGUAUCUUUUGGUUCCGCAGACAUCAUGCGAGGUGUACUAGAUGCAGGUUGAGAUAACCCACGACAUCUCACACGUUCAAAAGUUGGUUGGCCACGCUUCUGACGCUGCCUGUCAACUCUUGGAUUCAGUUCCAGUUGCUGUCAAGGCAUACAAGCUGCUGAAUCCUGUCACUCAGUGGUAUGACCGGCCGCUUGGUGAUGUUGAGAAGCAGAUUGGGCCAAUAAACAACGCGUUUUUCCGAUGGCAAACUCCUACCCUAUUACCUGACCUAUCCGUCCUCAAGGCGGGUGUCCUGAAGUUGCGAGUCAUCGUCAUCUUCAAUUCGUCUGCGAAGCAACUCAUGCGUAAAUCAAUGCCCAUGUACCUCCGAGCCACUGAUUUUCCAUGCAUCAUAGUUGACCGCGUCAGCGCGUGGGUGAUCGGUCGAUGCAGGACGAACGUUCCUCCCGUUGAACGCCUCCAGAAACCGGUCGAGACACCCCUAGACGAGUCGGAGAAAAUUUCUAUCACGAAGACCAUGUUUGAAGGUCUCAUUCUCUGCUGCGCGUGUAGCGUGGAUGGUGCCAGAACUUUGUUCAAAAUUGGCGACUUCAACCCAGACUACGUGGCUAUCUAUUGUGCGGUUUUCGACCCUGUGCCUGAUGACCGUGGCACAGACUAUAGCUUGGGUUUUUUUUGGACGUUAAUCUUCCGGUUGGCCUUGACGCACCCCGACUUUGUAUUCCUUUCGAAUCACAUAUGCCCAUUUUACGGCGAGGAGACGGUACGCGGAUCGGAUAGACAAGCUAAUAUAGGAGUAUGAUCCUGCCCCUUAUGUGCUUGGUGAGUGUUCUAUGUUCAGUUGCACAGUUAUCCAAACCGCCUUCAUAGGCUACUAACGUAUCGGAACUGAAAUGACGCUCGUCGCCAUAACGGCUCCA